CCCGGCCAGGCCGGGCCGCUUCCCGCGCACCCAGGGCCUUUGCCUUCAACAUGGGGGUGCUUCGGGCCGGACUGUGCCCGGGCCUCACGCAGGACAUGGUGGAGUUGCUGAGGAGCCACAGAAUCAAGACAGUGGUGGACCUGGUUUCUGCAGACUUAGAGGAGGUAGCCCAGAAAUGUUGCUUAUCCUAUAAGGCCCUGGUCGCCCUAAGGCGGGUGCUGCUGGCUCAGUUCUCAGCCUUCCCCUUCAAUGGUGCUGACCUGUAUGAGGAACUGAAGACCUCCAUGGCCAUCCUGUCCACCGGCCUCGGAAGCCUGGACAGACUACUUGAUGCUGGUCUCUAUACUGGGGAAGUGACUGAAAUCGUAGGAGGCCCAGGCAGUGGAAAAACCCAGGUCUGUCUCUGUGUGGCUGCAAAUGUGGCCCACAGCUUGCAACAGAGUGUUCUUUACGUGGAUUCCAAUGGUGGCCUGACAGCCUGCCGUCUCCUUGAGCUGCUUCAGGCCCUGACUUCAGAUGAGGAGGAACAGGCAGCAGCACUGCAGAGGAUCCAGGUAGCACGGGCCUUUGACAUCUUCCACCUGUUUGGCAUACUGCAGGACCUUCGAGGGGCUGUGAGCCAGCAGGUGAGUGAUUCCUCAGGGAUGGUGAAGGUGGUCAUCGUAGACUCAGUGGCCGCAGUUGCAUCACCCCUUUUGGGUGGCCAGCAGAGGGAAGGCUUGGCCUUGAUAAUGCAACUGGCUCAAGAACUGAAGAUCCUGGCCUGGGACCUUGGCUUGGCAGUAGUGGUGACUAACCACGUGACCAGAGACAGGGACACUGGGAAGCUCAAACCUGCUCUGGGACGUUCCUGGAGUUUUGUGCCCAAUACCCGGAUUUUCCUGGACGUGGGCGGUGAAGGGGCAGGAGCAGCUGGUGGUCAGCGCACAGCAUGUCUGACCAAGUCCUCUCGACUGCCCACAGGAUGCCGAGAGGUGGUGGACUUCGAGAGCUGGGGGACAGAAGAGCGGAGCCCAACGCUAUAGGGGGAGGCCCGACUAUGUUGUGUAGAGGGAAAGCUGAGGCCUGGA